AUGCAGCCACUCUUACUCCUGCUAGUCGCACCGACCAUUGGUAACUGCAAGACCGGCAGGGGGCUCAAGGCAGAGGGGGACAACCGCCGCCACAGAAGCGGAAGCGCCAGUCGCCGCAGCAGCCGCAGAAGCCACAGCAGCCACAGCACCCGCAACAGCCGAAGCACCCGCAACAUUUUCCGCAUCGCCCUGCUGCACCUCUACGUGGUGGUGCUCUCCCUAAUUUUGUUGAGCCAAAAUGCCGGCUACGUUCAGGCGUACCGGGUGACCCGUGGCGGAGACCAGUUAGGCCUUUUUCCCAAUGCGGGGGUGAAGGUACACAAAAGGCUCUCCCCCAGGCGCUAUGCCAAAGGGGGGACCGGCACAAUUGGUAGUGCCAGUGCAAGGGGUGAAAAGGCGAAGCUCCCAAGUGAAGAACACCUCCCCACAACCAAAAGCUCAUCGAACAGUUACUUCAACUCCCUCUGCUGUAGCAGUGUGCUAAACAAGAGUGUAGAUGAUAAUGUAAAUUUUGAGGAUGGGCUGGUGAGUUUCUUCACUAUGAACCCUAAUCCGAACAUUGGUUUUUUGGUUGGCAGGGUGAAGCGGCGGGGUGCAACGGAUGUGCAGCGCAGUGACGCAGCAGAAGGGUCAGGCGCUGCAGAAGGGUCAGGCGUUGCAGAAGAGACAGACGCUGCAGAAGAGACAGACGCUGCAGAAGAGACAGACGCUACAAAAGAGUCAAACAAAGCGGAGACCCCGCACCAAAAAAGGACAAAAAAAAUUCGCCUCAAACUCAAAAGAGGAUACAUGAACGAAGUGUACGACAGAGAAAAAAAAAGGCUAAAUGAAGUGCUGCUUUCUUUCAAGGACAGGAGCAUAUUCAAAGCGUCCAAAAAAAAAAUCAAAGAAAAUAUACUUCUCCUAAACGGACAAACUGUGAAUAUAGAGGUGAUAAAACAGUACUUGUUUCAUAAGUUAAGGUUAGAGUAUUAUGAGAGCAUAAGGGACCAGAAAAAAAUCCUAACGUUGGAUCUAUGGUCUAAGGAAAUUAAUGUGUCCGUUGAGAAUCUGAAGAAGCUCAUUGUUUAUAUUUACAAAAUGAAGACGCUGGUGCAGAAGGACGAUGAAGAAUUGCUCAUUAAGACGUACUUUUACAAUAAGACAAAUAUGUUCAGUUUGUUCAGGAACGGUGCUGCAGGAGGUGGGGAUGUGGUGGCCCCCUAUGACUUUUCCGUGCCGGACGUGGCCUCUCCGCGGGACAUCUUCACCGACUACUUCGACAACAACGAAGUGGUCCUCUACAACGACUGCGAAAAUUUGAUAAACUCAGAAGUGCAGAAAUUCAUCGAGUGCAUCAAAGACAUCGUCUUUUUUGAAAAUUCCAUUUACAUGUUGGAAAAGUUGGAAAACAGACCCCCCCUUCUGGAGGAAGUAACCUUUGCUUACAACUACGACAAAGAAAUUUUCAUACACAAAUUAGAAGUUAAAAUAAAGUUGUCCCAAAAAUUGCUAAUAUAUUUCAUCCCACUGAUUAAUAACAUUAUACGGAAAGCUGAAUCCAAUUUUAGUAGCAACUUAAGUGAAGAUGACUUUUUGCUAGUCAGCUUAGAUGCAGUGAAAAAUGGGUUCAGAAGAUAUGAUGUAGAAAAAUUAGGAAUAAAGAAUCUGACAAAGUAUGUCUACAUCUGGGCAAAAAACAGCACCUACAAUUACUAUCAGAAGCACAAGUCCUUCGUUUCCGUGUCGCCACAUACGUACAAAGAUUAUAAUAAGAUAAAAAAAUUUGAAGAAAGUUUUGAAGAAAAACAUGAAAGAAAACCGAGCAUCAAAGAAAUCGGAGACGGGUUGGAUAUGACCAUGGAACGGGUUCAGAAAGCUCUCUCCUCAGCUGUCAACGUCAUAGAUGCUGAAAAGCCAAUUGUGUACCAAAAUAAUAAUAAUUCAGCCCACCCAGAAAAAAACACAUACACAGAUUUAAUUGUCAAUGCGGAUGAUAUCCAUAGCAUGAACGAAAUUGUAUACAACGAUCUUGUGAUAAAGGGAUUACGAAAGUUUAUUUGCAAGUCGCUAAAAAAAAAAAUCAACAAGCUAAUUAUUUUUAUGAAGUUUGGUCUUUUCUUAAGGAAGAAGAUUUUUACUGAUGACGAAAUUUGCCACACUCUCCAUAUUACGAAAAAUAAAUUACAAAAACUUUUUCAGCUCUCCAUAAAUGAGAUCAAAAAAUAUAUUAAGAAGAUUAAGAAGAAUAAGUCCGAGGCCGAUCCCAACUUGGACUUUUCGUCGUACAUCAACUUUUCUCAGUACGACUUCUUGGGGAACGAGUUUUCCCAAAUUUUGAUAUAG